AACCUUGGUUUAAAAUUCGCUCUAAAUUCUGUUCCUUUUAAAUAAUUGACCGUAAUUUUAACCACCGUUAUGCUCAUACGCAAAAGGACGUAAUGACGAUCUGUGACAAGUUGGCUUUUACUCGUAACCCAACUUUCUUUACAUUCUGAAAAACGAAUGGCGAAUAAUAAAUAACUCGGAGCCUUUUCACUCCGUCACUUAAGCAAGGAUGUCGGGACAGAGCGGAGGAUACCGAUUACAUUUAUCAACUUUAAACGAGCAGCUAACUUGUAAACUAUGUGGAGGGUACUUUAUUGAUGCUACAACGAUCAUCGAAUGUCUUCACUCAUUUUGCCGUAGCUGUAUCAUUAAAUAUUUGGAGAGUAACAAGUACUGUCCCAUUUGCGAGGUACAGGUUCACAAAAGCAAACCACUUCUGAAUAUACGGCCUGAUCACACACUACAGGAUAUCGUUUACAAACUCGUUCCUGGCUGCUAUCAAAAUGAAAUGCGAUGCCGUCGCGAGUUUUAUAACAAAUUCCCUGAUGCUAAGUUGCAAGUUAGCUCUCCAGAAUCCAGGGGUGAACCGAUCGAAUCUCAUAUAUAUUCCCUAGAUGAGUCGCUUAGCUUAUCAUUGGAGUAUUACAUCCCUAGCCCAAAAGAUCAAGUUGAAAGUGAUAAGGAAUCGACGGCCAAGUCUUUACCUAGAAGAUAUUUGAGGUGUCCGGCGGCUGUGACUGUUUUUCAUCUACAAAAAUUAAUAAGAGCAAAAUAUGGGCUCAGCGAUGCUCACAGAGUUGAUAUUAUGUACAAAGAAGAACCUCUAUACGGCAACUACACCUUGAUGGAUGUCAUGUACAUAUAUCACUGGAGACGAAAAGUGCCAUUGCAUCUUAGCUACAGGAUAUUUGAGUCUUCGCCGAAGCGUUUGAAGCUGUCAGAAGAUAAUCACGUGUAUGAACAAAUUUUAUCAAAUACCAGAGUAGAUUUAAACGAAAUGAAGACCGAACAACAGCCUGAAAAACGCGAGUGGAAAGAGGUGCAAUUAAAAAUUUCGGAAACAGGAGUAAUGAGCGUCACGGACAUAUCUUCUUUCGAUAAAAAAAGUAUCAACAACGGUGGCACAAACUCAGAAAAAGCCAUUACGCUUGAUAAAGGAACUACCAGAGUCGAAAAAAUUGACAAGGUUGAAAAAGUGGACAAGAAUGAAGCCACGGUGUUGGAACCUUUGAUCCAAAAAGAGGAAAGUGCAAAGUGUAUCGUCGGAACCACCCAAAAUACGCAAGCAACUAACUCAGAUGCUCCAAGAAUUACCAGAAAUGUUGUGCUCUCACAAGAAGCAAAAAGAUUCAGUAUUGAGCAGAAUAAAAGUGGAGGUAACUCAGAUACUAAAAAAGCAGAUUCCCCGCCAAUUCUAGCUAUCGAUACAUUGAAAGCUGUAACACGGUCCGAUACAGGAAGUGAAAGUCUGGCGAGUCACCCCCAAAAGUCCAGCAGUCAGAACAAGGUUAAAAGCAAUUCAGCCCAAGAUUCAAAUCAAGAAAAAAUUAAACAAGAGUGCAGCAUUACUAGCAUAAAAAGAGUCAACACGAAUAAUAAUUUGGUAAAUACCGAUUCAAAAGCUGAAAGUCAAAAAGAAAAUUCCAAAAACGUUGGAAAAGAAACGAAAAGUGCCUCAACGAGUGCCGAGGCUAAGCAGAAUGUGCUUCCCUUUCAGCCGAAGGUUGGACAGGUGAAUAAUACCUACUCCAAAAAAAUCACUAAGGAAAAGAAAACCCUAUCGAUCAGUUCUAGGAAGUUAGACUCAAAAUAUACUCAGGAACAACCAAAAAUUGACGCAAAACCUAUGCCGCAUUUUGCCAAUACAAGAUCUCAAGUCACAUCUACAGUUUCAUCCACUAAACUGGCAACCUCAGUGGUCUCCUCACCUCAGUCAACGACUAUGUCAACUCAAACUAUGAACACAUUUCCCAGCGUGCCUCAAGGCAGCUGCUUGUUUGUCUCAGCUCCGCACAUGACGACUUGCGUUUUAACAAACUCCACAGUAGUAUCCAGUGCCCAAAACCCUCCAUCCAUCAACAAGACUAUCCCGCUCACUUCUCAGAACUUUGACUGCAAACCACAACCCACAAAGGUAGCCAAUCAGAAGUCCAGCGGUACAACUACUGCAAAGUCUGACAUUGUGAGUCAGAAAGUACCUUUGGCUAAAAAUAAUAACAAUAAUCCAACAUCCUCUGCUCAGAGUUUGGCUUCAAUCGGGCUGAAUGUUUCUACAGCAAUGCCUAGCAUGAUGGAGACAAAUUCCAACCUUUCUUUCCCUAUGCAGAAUUUGAACAGCACCUCCCAGGCCAAGAGCGAAAAUAAUGUGACCAACCUGAAGAGCAUUAGUCCCACUGAGAGGCAAAAUACCAAUACAUCAGAUGUGCAGACUGGAACGCAGAACCCUUCGGUGAGCAUUUAUUCUUUACCAACAUCUACGACGAAUACUCCUCGUAUAUCCAGUCCUCAAACCUCAAAUGCCCCAAAACGUACAAACCUUCAAUCUGGGUUAGAAAUAACCAGCGUCUAUACCGUACCACCAUGUCCUGACGCUAUUCCAAUAUCCCUGAUGAAGCCAACAGUACGAAAGCACGAGAUAAUAGCAAAGGGAACUAAUUUAAAUGAGAUCUGUGCAAAAAUUGGUGAGAGUUCCAAAGAAAAAAUAAAAGCCGCUACACGCUCAAAGCCGGAGAUACCAAAUCUUUUAAAAAUAACGAAAAAACCUACGGUAGAUUCCACAAAAUGUAUUCCCAACAUACCAAACGUCCCCGUGUUCACUUCUGGCAGCUCCAUUAACUCUGCAGAUGAUAAAUCAAACGCCUGCACGAGCAAAGAAACGUCAGCCAUUAGCGCCACAACUGUCACGUGUCAGUCGACCUCAGGUUCAAUGCCAGCGCAGAAGGUCUCUUCUGUUAAAAAACAAUCGCAGUCCGUGGGUUACAAGACUCUCAGGGAUCCGCCAAAGUCCUGGAAUCCGACUCUGUCAAAGAAUAAUUACAUAGCUGCAAGAAAUCAGGCUAAAGAAAUGCAGAACCAAACUCAAGGUGCGUCCGUUUCCGAAAGCAACAGUGCUAAGCCUAUAGUUUCAAAGCCAGCAAAGAUUUUCAAAAUGCGCAAUGUGCCCAGAUAUUUGGGGAACCCUGCAUCGGGGGUAAAACCAAUGUACGGAGUAUCGAAUGAGAGCAAAGACAAAGAUCAACUGACACAGAAUACUCAGAAGAAUACUGUUCUUAGCAUGAUGCCCAUUGAUCCAAAAACUUUGUCACCUAUAGUUUCUACCGCUAAUUCACUCAUAGUCUCCCCACCUCCUUAUUCUCCUAAUGCAAGAACCUAUCAGAAUACACAAUUUUCAAGAGAAAUGUGCCGUACCCCCAGCUCUCCAAUCUCACCGAGAAACUCACCCAUUAAUAUGUUAUCCACAAAUCCUUUCAUACCUUCUCCAACAUUGACUACCAAUCCUAGAUUAAUAUACUCGCAUUUUCCACCUCCCUUUCCCGAUACAAGCCGCUUUCCUAAUCCGCUAAUUCGUUCCCCGAUUGGAAUUCCCUCUCACAGUGCCUUUCAUAGUAGUCUACCGCCAUCGAUUAAUCAAUUAUAUCAACGAUCCAAUUACCUUGCCCAAUCAAGUGGGUACACAACGCCUCCGCCACCCCCGACAAUCCAGAAAAUCUUACCCAGCAUGCAUUCUUCUCCAAAGUCCCCAAAAUCCACUACCCACAACACCAGCCCCAUGUUUGCUUUGGGAAAAACAGAACCACAACUUUCAACAAGGGUGGAAAAUAUCGCUUUACACUUAGCCAAGAAUGCUGCGCAACAGGAGCUUAAUACUUUCAAUUUAUCAAAGACGAGUAGCCCACCGUCAACCAAUUUCCAAAAUUUAUUAACAACCACCACGGUGACCCUAUCCACCUCUGGCUAUACUUCGACGGAAUCUUCUGAGAAGGUGGCUGAUCAAACAACGGCAAGGCCAAAACCACAGCUGGAGAUAAAAAUACCCGAAACAGAUGUCUCCAAACAAAAGUCCAAGCAACCGGAGACCGUCGAUCUUAAAAAUGAAAAGUCUGAUGAACCUUUAUCCCCAAAGUCCGACGUUCCUGAUAAUAAACCAGACUCGAAGGAACAAAAAGAUAUUGAGAAAAAAGAGAAGACACCAACCAAGGUCAACGGUGAAGUAGCUACCGAAAAUACAGGAGAAACUGAGAAGAAAACUUCACCAAAAAGUAUAGAGGUAAGCCCAGUUUCUUCUGAGAAAGAACCAAUUUCAAAAAAACAGGAUAAAAUCGAAAAAUCUUUAGAUAUAAGCAAUGAAAAGAUCGUACCAAAUGAAACUCAAGGUGAAGUUGGCAUUUGUGAAACAUCCGACCAGACUCAAGGAAAAAAAUCCGAUGUAGAAAGAAAUAAACCAGAGUCGUAAUUAAGAGAUUUUAAUGAAAAUUUUAUAAAUCGAUACAGUCAUAAACUUGAUGAUUUUGUCGAUUUCGUACUAAGUGGCAUUCUGUAUAUUACUGUAAAUAGUCAACGAAGAUAUUGUUAUUUACUAUUAUGUGUUGAGCACAGACCUUACAAAAAUAAGUUUGUUUUUAGCAAACAUGAUUUUAAACUAUAAGAUAUUGUUAUAUUAUUUUACCAGAAGUUACAGUUUUCUCCUACAAUCUGAUUCCACGCAUCACUUUUAUCAUUAUUAUUAUUAAUAUUAUUAUUGUCAUUUAUUUUUUGCAUUCACCGAUAUUAAAUUCUGCAGAUCCAAUACAUUUUUUUCCCCCUUUUAUCUCAGCGUCUAAUCCAAACUAAGAGUCAAGAGGCUCGUGGAGUUUCAGACCAAGUAAGAUGACCUUCCAUCGACACUGAAUUUAUUAAUUAUUUUCUUUUUUUGAAUUCCCUUGCAUGAGGUCAGUUGUACUUUGAUACAAAUCCUCUAAUUUUUCCCAUUUUUAACCCAAGCCUUUGAAUCUAAUGUGGAAUAUUUAAUCACAAUUCACUAAGCUAGCCUAUGCAAUUAGAGAAAAUAAAUUAUACACACAUAUUUGUAUGUAUUCAUGAACCAAUCUAAUUAGUUGUGAAAAAAGUGGAAAAAAAAGAAAAAAACAUGAGCAACAUUAGAUUAUUUUUUAUUUAUAAAAAAAAAAAAAAAAAAAAAAUAAAAAAAAAAAAUAGUAUAUUAUCGCUUGCUCGCUAAUCGAUAACACAAUUAUUAUAUAAUUAACAAAAUUAUUAUUAUUAUUAUUUUAAUUAUUAUUACUAUUAUAAAUAUCGACAUCAUCAUCAUCAUCAUCAUCAUCAUCAUCAUCAUCAUAAUCAUAGAAUUUUAAUUUUAAUAUGUAAUUGAACCUGUAGAAGUAACGCAGAUGGUUACGGACUAAAUGUUAAUGUGUUACAUAAUAACUAAUUAAUCAUUAAAUUAAUAUAAUGUUAUUUAAAAGAAUGCAUUUUUACGUUGUUAAUUAACAAAUUUAUAUAAUAGAACGCGGGCUUGAAUAUUUUUAAACACUUUGAUUACUAUGAUUGGGCUUGAUUAUGCUCUACGAUUGAAUAUAACUCUGCUCUUUUAAAAUCAUCGCUGGGACUAAAGCUGUCUCUUUGAAAAUAAAAGGAAGAAAAAAAAAACAAGUACUUAUAAAAUAUCAGAUGUGAGAGGGCAGGAAGAAAAAUUUUACGAUGGAGUCUAAGAAGUAUCAGGGACAGAAGAAUAUAUCUGAUGAAUAAAUAAUGUGAGCGUUGUGCUGAGAAAUAAUUCAAACUAUGAUUAAUAUAAAUUAGUUCGUUAUGAUGGUGUACAUAGACCAGAGUAGAGGGGAUAAAAGAACAAAAAACAAAAUAAUGAACAGAUGUGAAAAUUAAAAUUAUUUAGAUACAAUAAGGUUUACGCAAAGAAAAUAUACCUACGAUAUAUAAGAAAAUUUUAUGAAAAAUUACAUAGUCUUAGCAUACUUUUAUACGAUCAUUAUUAAAAUACUAAAUUUUCGGUUGGAUAUCAAUAAUAUAGGAUAAAAUAUGACUAUCUUUAAAAUUUCAUUCAGUCAAAAGGAGAAAAGAAGGUAGCUAUCAGUCCUAUUUUCUAAAAGCUAUAUGCUUCAGGUUGUUGAUAAUCUCCUUUUAAAAGAGCAACAGCUUGUGACUAUUAUAAAUGUGCAAUUAUAAAAUGUCAAAGAUUCAUUAAUCGAUUGAACCGAUUAGUCACUCGUGAUGUUUUCUUUGUACUCGACUAAUUUAUAUGCAAAAAAAAAAAACAUCCAGUUUGUUAAAUAUUUCUGUCAUUAUUUUACAGAAAAAAUUAUGACAUUUUCUUCCUUAAUUUUAACACCCAACUUUUUCACGGAGAUAGAACAGUCUGAAUAUCAUAUGAAAUUAUAUAAAUAAUCUAUAAUUAAUUUUUAAUCAAAAUUAUGCGUUGGUAGAAAAUAUGUUAUCAGAUUUCAUGCAGCAAUGCAAUCCGAUAAAUGAAUUUGCUGCUUCUUUCUUUUUUUCUGACUCUAGUAAAAAAGAUUUCAACGAUACUGAAAAAAAAUGCUUUUGUAGUAAGAAUUAUCUGAAAUAUUUUUUCGGGCAAUAUUUAUAUCUCUAUUAAUAUCUAGUUCUUCAAAACUUUAGAUACAAGUGCCUAGGCAGCGAAUAGAUGCGACGUCUUUUACAUUUUUAAAAUUCCCCCAACCCUUCACUUCGCCUCUUCAGCCUUAGUUUGUUGUUUAAAAAACUAAGAUUUUUCUUUCUAUCUUAAUCUAUAAAUCCUCAGUAUACGAACACUCAGCUAAUAUUAUUAUUAUUAAUAUCUUCUUUCUUUUAAUUCUUUUCUUUCAUCGAUAACAAUUUUUUUGAGGUAACGGUUCCCUGGUUCUAUUAAAACCUACACUUGUUUAACGAAUAAUAAUUUUAAAUAAUAGAUCGAAUAAGAUUUAAUUUAACUAAAAAGAAAAUAAUAAGAAGAAGAAAACGAAAAAAAAAUUAUAAUCACUAAAUAUUUUUAUUUAUUUACAAAUUACCUUGAAACACAUUAUAUAGGUAAAGGUAUAGGUAUAUACGGAAUAAAUAUUUGAUACAUAGUGUGUGAAAAUUUUUUCUAGUUACGGAUUAGGUACGUUUGAUCGAACAAUCCUUCGAAUCCUUGAAUUUACGUUUUUAACAUCACAUUUUUGAAAACUAAAAUAGUUCGGUAUUUUUAUCUUCCGUUCGUCAAUGAAGAUAUUUAGUUGAAAUAAUGUCACAGUUUUUAUGACCGUACUUUCUAAGAUUAUAAUUUUCUUUUUUUCCCUUGUUUUUUUUUAUUCUUCACACUUUUCCUCUAGAACAAGUAUUAUUAUAUUUAGUUUUCAUAAAAUAGUAAUAUAUUCCUUGUGGUUGAUGAGAAAUGAUUUAGUUAUGAUAAAAUUAAACUUUGAAAUAAACUUUCUUUUUUGUUCAAAUCUCUGUAACUUAAAAAAAGGAAUGUUCUAAAAAUAUUCAAGCUUAUGGUUGAUUUAAUAAAAGAGAAAAAAAAAUGUACGAGGCCUUACCGUAUUUUAUCUCAUAUGAGUAUAUGUUAUAUAUGCAUAUGUAAUAUGGAUAUGUAUAGAAUCAUUGAAGUAUAACAAAUAACACUGUGAUUGUUACUCGUUUAUGCACAGAGACAGACAUGAAUUAAUGUUUUAUUUAAAUAAUAAUAAUAAUAAUAAUAAUAAUAAUAAUAAUAAUAAUAAUGAAGAUAAUAAUUCAAUAUGAUCACGUAAAAUCAUUAAAAUUAAAAAAUAUUGAAGUUGUAUAGAGAAUAAGUGAGUUUCUAUAAACAUAUAUUAGGAUAAAUUUCAUUGUCGCUAAAUUAUAUAAAAUUACUAUAAAUUUUUCUGGCGGUUUCUAUAAUGACUAUAUCGUUGAAGAGAAAUUUUUCGAGAAGCUUAACGAAUAUGAGACCAAGAUAGUAAUGGUAAUAAAAUCGAAGAAAGAGAAGAAAAAACAA